CUGCUGCUCUCUCAUCCGCCGGCUGAGGGACCGAAGCAGCCUGCGAGAGAAACAGCGAGGAGGGGAGAGGAAACUGAGCGACGGAGAUGGCGAGCAUCAACAUGGGGCUGAGACCGCUGCUUCUGCUGGGGCUCGCGUGGGUCCUCCUGGUCGUCAUAACGCCUCAUGUCCAAUGUCUAAAUGGUGACGAGGACCAGAGCCAGGACACCGAGUGUAAGAUGAAGAGCGUCACCGUGUCGGCUUUGCCGUUUUUGAGGGAAAACGACCUAAACAUCAUGCACAGUCCGUCGGCCUCCGAGCCCAAGCUGCUGUUCUCCGUUCGAAACGAUUUUCCCGGAGACGUCGUGGUGGUGGACGACCUGGAAAACACCGAGCUCCCUUUUUUCGUCUUAGAGAUCUCUGGGAAUUCAGAGGACAUCCCUCUGGUGCGCUGGAGGCAGCAGUGGCUAGAGAAUGGCACCCUGCUCUUCCACAUCCACCACCAGGACGGCAGCAUGAACCCCCCGGAGCCGACCGAAGACCCGGCCAACGAUUCGGGGAAGGAGGAGCUCCGCAUCCUGCACAUCUCUGUCAUGGGCGGGAUGAUCGCCCUUCUGCUGUCUGUCCUGUGCCUGGUCCUGAUCCUCUACACCCGCAGGCGCUGGUGUAAACGCCGUCGCAUCCCUCAGCCCCAGAAGAGCGCCAGCGCUGAGGCGGCUAAUGAGAUCCACUACAUCCCCUCCGUGCUGAUGGGAGGCCAGGCCCGGGAGAGCUUGAGGAACUCUCGGGGUCAGGGGCCGAACUCCAGCGGUACCCUCAGCAUCCGGGAGACGCCGAUUUUGGAUGGGUAUGAGUAUGACAUUACAGACCUGCGUCACCAUCUGCAGCGGGAGUGUAUGAACGGUGGUGAGGAGUUUGCCAGCCAAGUCACCCGUACCCUGGACUCCCUCCAGGGCUGUAAUGACAAGAAUAAUAUGGACCUCACACCUGUGAGUGACAACACCAAGCUGGCCCUAAUGAACAAAUACAAGGACAACAUCAUCGCCACAAGUCCAAUCGACAGCAACCACCAGCAGAACACUCUGCUUCCGCACAACACCUCCACCAGCCAACGCAAGCGUCUCUCCAGCAACACCCGUGCGGGUUCAACUUUCUUGAACCCAGACGGGGACUCUGGAACGGAGGCAGACAGCGAGCCUCAGCUGGCCUUUUACACCGACCCAAACCGCAGUCGCCGCCGGAGUCGAGGUAUGAGAAAUGGUAAUGCCAACAGCGCGUGGGGCUCAGGGGCAGCAGGUUCCCCCCGGAGCCCCAUCAAUAAGACCACCCUGACUCUGAUCAGUGUCAUCAGCUGCGUGAUCGGCCUGGUUUACUCUUCUCACCUGUCCUGCACCCUCGCCGUCCGAGUAAUCCUACAUGUGCCGGAGCACCUCAUCGCUGACGGAUCAAGGUAUAUUUUGCUGCAGGGGAGCCAGUUGGACGCCUCAGACUGGCUGAACCCAGCCCAGAUCUUGUUGUACUACCAGCAGAACGCCAGCGGGCCCUGGGUCAACGAGCUGUGUGGACGACGCCUGCUGGACCCCUGUGAGCACCAGUGUGAUCCGGAAACAGGAGAAUGCCUUUGCCUCGACGGCUACAUGAAAGACCCGGUCCACAAGCACCUCUGCAUCCGCAGUGAGUGGGGGCCCAAUCAGGGGCCCUGGCCUUACACCAUAUUUCAGCGUGGUUUUGAUCUUGUGAUGGGAGAACAGCCCUCUGAUCGCAUUUUCAGAUUCACAUACACCUUAGGGGAAGGGAUGUGGCUGCCGCUGAGUAAAAGCUUUGUCAUCCCCCCUGCCGAGCUCGCCAUCAACCCAUCAGCCAAGUGCAAGACGGACAUGACAGUCAUGGAGGAUGCGGUGGACGUACGAGAGGAAUUGAUGAUCAGUUCAUCCUUUGACUCGUUGGAGGUUCUCCUGGACUCAUUUGGGCCUGUCAGAGACUGCACCAAAGACAACGGAGGCUGCAGCCGCAACUUCCGCUGCAUAUCUGACCGAAAGCUGGACUCCACCGGAUGUGUGUGCCCUCUGGGGUUGAGUCCUAUGAAGGAUGGGACUGGGUGCUACGACCACCACAUCGGCAUCGACUGUUCCGACGGUUUCAAUGGAGGAUGUGAGCAGCUGUGUCUCCAGCAGCUGGCUCCUCUAGAGGAUGACCCGACACUCUACAACAUCCAGAUGUUCUGUGGGUGCAUCGAGGACUACAAGCGCGGUCCAGAUGGGAGGUCAUGCCUGCCUCUGUCGGAGGCCUGCACUGAGGGAAUAGACUGUGGGGAAGCAGUGGACAUCCCCGCUAACCAGACUGUGUUCGGAGACCUUUUCUACGGAUACAACAACCACACCAAAGAGAGCACCACCGGACAGAUCCUCAAGGCCACAUUCAGGCAGAAGAACUUUGCCCGAGGCAUCGAGCAGCAGCUCCCAGAUGGCAUGGUGGUAGCAUCGGUGCCAAUGGAGGUCCAGUGCCACGAGGAGCUGUCCGACCCUGUUCCGGACCCAGAGUACCUCACAGGUAUGGUGAACUACAGCGAGGUGUCUGGCUACCCCCUUGUUCAGCACUGGAGUCUUCGUUCUGUGCAGUACCACGUCAAACUCAAUCAGUGGGUCCUCUCUCAAGCCUUUAGCUCAGCCAUUCAUUCUCUGGAUGGGGCCACGCAGCGGAGCGACUUUGUCUCCAUCCUCAGGGAGUUUGGGAACCAUUAUGUGCAGGAGGCAGUGUACGGCUUCCAGGAGUCCUGUACCAUCUGGUACCCCAACAAACAGGUCCAGAGACAGCUGUGGCUGGAGUACCAGGACAUCAGCAAAGGUAACUCUCCUUCGGAGGAGUCUGAGGAGCGCGACAAGGAGCCGAGGACGCUGACCUACCCCGCAUACAUCGCCAGUCUGCUGGACACAGGUGCGAAGCGCAUGGCUGCCGGUGUCCGUAUGGACUGCAACAGCCAAGGCCAGUGCCCGCGCUCCUGUCACCUCUGUCACAUGAGCCCAAGGGUGGUGCAAGGGCGGCAGCAGUCCGAGCCUGUCCUGCUGCAGAUCACCAAGGCCGCGCCCAUCUUUGAACUGGUGUCCAACAAUGAGACCUACCAGGCUCUUCAUGAGGCGAUGAUGAGCAUGCUGUGGUGUUCGGGGAAAGGGGAUGUUAUCGAUGACUGGUGUCGGUGUGAUUCCAGCGCUUUCGGCACAGACGGACUGCCCACCUGCGCCCCACUUCCCCAACCUAUGCUGAAACUGUCUUACACCUACGAGCCCAGCAGCUCAUUGGUCAUCAUGGAGUGGAACCACACCGAGCCACCAAUCGGCGUGCGGAUUGUUGAUUACCUUAUUAGCCAGGAGAAGGUGACAGAGAGGACCGACCACUCCAAAGUUGAGACAGAAACCCUUUUGAGCUUUGUGGAUGACAUCUUGUCUGGGGCCAGGUCGCCAUGUGUGAUGUUAGGGGACAUCCCCAACCUCCUGUCCUCCUCCAUCAGCAUGAUCAUUCGCUGCCUGGAGCCUGACACCACAUACAUGUUCCGGCUGUGGGCAGUAGACAACACAGGGCGCCGUUCUAGUCCAAGUGAAGUCACUAUUAAAACUCCGUGUCCAACUGUGGAUGACGUCAAAGCACAAGAAAUAGCGGAUAAGAUCUACAACCUGUUCAACGGUUACACCAGUGGGAAGGAGCAGCAGACGGCCUACAACACUCUGAUGGAUCUGGGUGCUCCGACGCUUCGCCGCGUGCUCUACCACUACAACCAGCGCUACGAGAGCUUCGGGGAAUUCACCUGGAGGUGUGAGGAUGAGCUGGGACCCAGGAAGGCCAGCCUCAUCCUCUCCCAGCUAGAUGAACUCUCCCCGUGGUGUAAGGGUCUUCUUCAGGAGCCGAAAAUCGGCCUCCGCAGGAUGUCCCUCAAGUUCCUGUCCUGCCGUUACACUGACAGCAAGGCCUUUGGGCUGAACUGGUCAGACAUGGGCCAGGACGUACACAAGGCAUGUGACGAGCAGACGCUCACAGUCAUGUAUAAUGACUAUGGCGAGCCCAAGGAGCUGUGAAAUGAUUAAAGGGUUGGAUGUGUACAGGAAUAUGGGAGAUUUGUCAAACCCAACAAAGAAACACAUAAAAUGCAGGUUUCACAUUUGUUUCCAUAAGCUAUUUGCAUUCAUGGUGUCAUAAACAAAUGCCAAACAUUAUUUGAAAUGCCUUAUACUCUGUUUAGCUUUACCAUAUUAUUGGUAAAUGUAUUCAAAGGUCUAAUCAGAGGAGUUGAUUUCUGAAGUCUAGAUAUAUCUAGAUAAUCAUCUAAUAAACAAUGCCUUUUUGAUCAAUAACUCUUAGCUGUGCUUUGUUUGAGCUAUGCUGAAGUCCAUACCUCCCUUGCAAUGACAAGUGAAAAUCAACUCAAACUUGACACAUUCUGCAGAUGCUUCACAACAAACGCCUCUCUUGUUUGAUUGCCUUUAAUCAGUUCUCAUUUGUUCUUCGUUGCGGUAUGAUUCUUGAUAAUGACAUAUUAACAUCUUAUGGAUUAAAGCAUGUGAAGCAAGUAAAGCUGAAGUAAAGCUUUACUUUACUAAUCACAGGGUUGGCCAUUCGAUGUUGAAGUUUUCUUGGGGAAGACACUGAACCCCAAACUGCUCCUGAUGGUUGGCCAGCACCUUACAUAGAAGCUCGCUGCCAUCGGCGUGUGAGUGAAUGUGAAGCAAAUUGUAAAGCUCUUAAGAUAAAAGCCCAAUAUAAAUGCAACUAUUCAGCUGUGAAGCAGCUGCAGGCACGCGAUGAACAUGUUUACUUAGACACCGAGGCUUACUUUUUGCUAGAUUAAAGGUGUUUAAAUUUGAAUGUUUUUAGUUGUUUGGUGUGAAAUAUUGCAAGACAGGAAUGGAUGGACAUUGAAGGCAUGGACAACUAAAAUGGAUCCUUUUGCAGCAGGCCUAUCCCAGGUUCUUUAAUUCUUCCUAUUUUUAUGAUUUAAAUGCACAUUGGCAUGAACAAUUCCAUCUCACAAUAAAAUGUAAUGCAACUGGGAAAAAAGACAGACCUUUAGUAUUCAAUGCACUUAUAUUUUAGAACAACAAAUAACUUAGAGGAACAAAACAUAAGGCCAUGCAUUUUAUUUCACUGUAUUUCUUUGUUGGACUCAACAAUCUUCUCUUUAAGUGUUGAUACAUAAAAGGAACUUGUUGUUUUACCCCUUUGUUGCAAACGUCUGACAUCUUAAUAGUCUAAUCUAUAUGGGAAAGUGCUAUUUCAUUUGGCUUCUUUAUAUUCAGUCAGAUAUUAAAAGGUCCGAUCUGGGAUAUAAAGGGUUACACAUGAGUUCAUUUGUGCCUAUUUAGAUCUAAACUUAGGCACAUCUUUAGAAAUGUUGGUGAAAAAAUUACAAAAGGCAACUCUUGAUGUCAAACAUGUGGCCAGAAAUGGAGAGUGAUUGUGACUUUUUAGGUUGCCUAUAUCCAUCCUACAGCCUAGAUCAGCCCUGUCUCCUAAAUCUUCCAUUCCCGUACAACUAAACUGCAUUCUCAAUUACGUUUCAAGAGAAACUUAUUUGUCCCAGAUUAAGUUGUUUUUAACGUUUUACAAAUACGUUUCUAAUCAAAGUCUGCGUUCAAUGUCCACUUAAGGAGGAGAUCUGGGUGGAUUGAUGGGUCAAACAAACGCAGGACUUUCACACAGGAGACAGCUGUUUGUGUCCCGUGUGAAACCAAUAGUGAAUGUUGACUUAUUUUAACUUAUGUAUGUAAUGGAAGUUACAUAACAAACAUACUUAUUUUAACCCAAACCAUAAUCUUAUCCUGUACCUAACCAAGUAGUUUUGUUUCAAUUCACAACAUUAACCAUGUGUUUAAAACUGCGACUGUUUCACAACAUGCACCUGUUGUUGGUACGAGGAUGUGUUAUCUAAGAGAAAGUACUUUUUUCUUGAAACGUAAAUGAGAAUGCAGUUUACUUGUAUGGGAAAAAAUAAUGCCCAAAUGAAGCUUCAUGAACCGUUAGUUGUAUUUGUUGACCCCACUAGAUGGCGCUCUUGGUUUAAAGAAAAAGGUUCAAGGAAUGGCAACUCAGUGUGCUUUCAACCCUUUGUUGAACAGAAAGCGCCAUCUAGUGGGCUCAGAAAAUGGUUAAAAAAGCAUCAUUUGGCUAUCACUAAUGGGAACAUAAUUCUUUAGAAGACAAGUUUGCCUAGCUGCUUCUUAGACCCGACCUAAAGUCAACGCUUUGUUCUUGUAAAGUCUUCAUAAUGGAUCCAGGAGUUUCUGGGUCUUUAAAAGAUUUAAAAUCCAUUGUAGCUUCAGUUUCACUGGUACAUUCCAACCAUUGGUAAAUAUUUUACAGCUUCUGAUUCUUGCCGUACUCAUUUAUUAUGAAUAACUGCAACAAACCCAGUGGGUGAACACUUCCUGGUAGUGAUGGCCAAAUAAAGCCUCAUGAAGCUUUGUGAAUCAUCUUUAUUUUCUGAGCCCUCUAGAUGACGCUCUUGGUUUAAAGAAAAAGGCUAAAGGAAUGGCAUUUCAGUGUGCUUUCAACACUUUGCUGAACAGAGAACCAUCUAGUGGGCUCAGGAAAAAAAGGAAACUGGUUCACAAAGCUUUAUGAGGCUUCAUUUGGCCAUCACUACUUUAUGGUCUAAAACCUCAUGUAUCUCAGCUGUAUUGUGUAGAGUUGCUUAUACUGUUUUCACUUCUCUUUUUACAUAUUUUGAAUUAAGUCAGCCUCUGAACUAGUACUUACAAACCUGGUUUUGUCAUUCAAACAUGUUGAAAUGUUAAUACAGUGCAACAUAUUUAAAAAAGCCAGUAUUUUACAAAGUUAUCCAUGUUUCUAUGAAAAAGGCGAGGUAGCAUGUAAACAGUUAGAGAUUUUAUUAGAAAGGUAAAAGAACAAUUAAGAGAGAAUGGUCUGAGUUAUUUUAGUAGUAUAGACAAUAAAAAAAACAAACUUGUACAUAGCAUUAUCAUAAAAGUUUUAGUGAUAUAACCUGCUGAAUGUAGUAUUAAUAGCUUGCAUUAAGUGAAGCUGUUAUAAAGGAGUUUUACUAAAUAAACAGGCAUCACAGAGUAAGUACACAGAUCUGCUCAUUUUUUUCUACACAUUCAAUAAAACCUGCCAAACGUUUUUUUUCAUCGUUUUCACAUCAUUCAAAAUCAAACCAAUGAACCACUGUUAAAAGUGAUAAUUCUGUAUUGAAACUGCAAAUUAACAGUGUUAAUGUUUUCAACUGCUUCUCUGUAUGAUUAAACGUCAUGCAACAAUGUCUUUAGAAAGCUUUAUGCGACAUUUCCACUAAUACUGUGUGUUUAUUGUGAGUAUAUUACCUCUAUUGGUUCCGUUAUCACUUUAUCAUUGUGCAGUGGCCAUGUUGGAGAUUGAUGUCAAAGAAAUGCAAAUGUAUAUUGUUUGUUGAUUUUUAACAUUCAUAUGUGAAUACUAAAAUGAACACUUGUAGAUUUUUGUAUAGGCAGCAAAGUAUUUCAUAAAUGCAUCACAUUAUAUCACAGUUGUUUUUUUCUGUAUAUAAAUAUAUACAGCAGGUGACAUUUUACAUAACACUUUAGUGUGCUUUAGUAGAUACAAUAUUGUAUUGUAAUAUCUCCUGUGUAGCUUAGUACAGCAAUUGGAUUAAUCUGCUCUAUUGCAGUUGUGAUGUAAAGAGCAGAGGGCUCUACUUUCUGUGAUUUAAACAUGAGAUCCAUUAUCUGAAACUGGAUUGUGAUUGGUUGAUUAAAAGAUUUCUGUAUACUUUUCUUUUUUAAUAGUAAAAUGACAAACUAAUUAAGUGUAAUUAAAAAUAAAGUGAAUAAGGCAACACAACCUUUGAGAUAUAUGUAAACCAACCAUCUACUAUCUGCAUGAUAUUAUUGUCUAUACUGUCUGUGGCUAUUAUAAACUUUUUUCACUUUGAUCUUUGCUACUUCAAAAAAACAAUAAAUAAUAUAUUGUGAAAA